CGCGGUCGCGAUUGCGGUUCAAGACAGCGCCUUAGUUUUUUUAAAAACAGCCUUCACAGCUCGGGCUUCCCUCCCGCCCCUCAUUAGGUUGACGGCGCUGCUUUCCAUCGUCUGUCGUCCACUCCUUCUUUUAGAUCAAUCCAUAACCAUUUCUACAGCUUGUAUUUUGUGGCGACGACGGCGACGACCACGACGGUCACCGAAUCAUUUAUCCCCCGCAUCCGAUCAAGCACAAGAUGGCGACGCCAGGCACCAGCUCACGAGCCGGCCCAGACCCCGUACCAAAUAACCUCACACGUUCCAAUACAGACAACUUCAAGCGAUGCUGCAUCUGUUACGAGGAUGAAGGCGAACGCACUACCGAACCGGUCAUCCAUCCUUGUACAUGCAGUUUGCCCGUCCACGAGACAUGCCUUAUACGAUGGUACGAAGAGAUCCAAAAGCGGAACAGCCGUGACGACGUGAGCUGUCCGCAGUGCAAGGCUCCCUUCAAGGUCGAGGAGCCCUUUGACUUUGUCGUGGCUCUGCGCGAUACGAUACAUUCCCAGUUCAGCAAGGUGUCGCCCAUUAUCCUCGCGUCCAUGGCCGUGAGCGGUACCUUUGCCAGCUCUGCUACAUACGGUGUUGUCGCUGCCUCCUGGUUUGCUGGCUACGAGACUGCACUCGGGUGGGUCGGCCUUCAGAUUACUUCUGGUCAAGCUGUUGCCGUACCCGUGGCAAGAAGUGCGGGAGUAGGGAGAAUAAUGAUGAGGCUGUGGUCGCUAUCUUCCAUUGCUCCGGCCGUCGUCCUUAGUCGAGCUUUGCCGUUCCUGGCUAAUUUCUUUUUUGUUCCAUUUUCCGCCAUGUACGGCCUGGCACUCAUAACCCAGGACGAUCACCCAACAUGGCCACCCUCACCCACGUGGGCAAUGGUCAUGAUGCCUUAUAUACAUAUGAGUUAUAUCAGAUUCUACGAUUACUGGCUAAGGCCGAUCGACGAUCGCCUCAACCGGGCUCUACGGGGUCUCGAAACCAGCCUUCAGCCCAUCGAGAGUGCCGCCGGCGAAUCCGAGGCCGGAAACAACGACAACAAUGGAAACCAAGACCGUGGAAGCCGCUUCAGCAUGUCCGACCUCCUAGACCUGGGCCGCACCGCUUGGAUUGUCCUCAUCAACCCCCCAGACCAGAACGAAGCAAAUCUAGAUGAUCCUUGGGGACUAGGCGCUAAUGCCGUCAACGGUAACGAUGGCUUCGACUUCGAAAUAGGCGCCAAUGCCGCCAACGGUAACGAUGGCUUCGACUUCGAAAUACGCGUUAAUGCCGUCAACAAUAAUGCCGUCAACGGGAACGAUGGCUUCGACUUCGAUGAUUUCCUAUUUUCCGACCUUGACCGUCCGGGGCCUCACGAUGAGGAGAUUCCCACUGCCACCGACGGUGCAUCAGGUGGGCUCUGGGAUGUGCCUCCACUGCAUCAAGGCGUACCAAUUCGUAUGGUUUGGGGAGGGGGUCUACAGUAUCCAGAGUAUAUGCAACCACAACCACAACCAGCUCCACCCGAACCAGCACCAGCCCAAGCAGCACCAGCCCAAGCAGCAGAAGCCGAGGCUCGCACCCCGACCCCAGCAGUGCCAGCGCCCGCGCCCGCGCCAGCAGCAGUAGCAGCAGCAGCAGCUCCACCCCCACAGCCCGCAGCACGGGAAAGGAACGACGACGACCAAGACGGCGUGGAACUCCCCCCGGUUUCCUUCACAGAUCUCACCAACAACGUAGUCACCUCUCUCCUCUUCCCCUUCAUCUCGUACGGCAUGGGCGAGCUUCUCCGCCUUUCACUGCCGAGGUCGUGGACUUCCCCACCCAGGCCCAUUGGCACGUCAGGGUUCUUUAGGAGUGGAAAAAUCAUGCAAGGAGGGCCCGGCGGUCUGCUGCAACAGAGAUGGGGACGCAGUCUGGCGGGUGGCUGUCUGUUCGUGGUAAUCAGGGACGUGUUUGAGCUGUAUGCCAAGUACAGGAAUGUGCAAGCGAAGAAGGCGCGGAGAAUUGUGAGAAAAAGGGGGGGAGAAGGAGGAGGAGGACAGAGGUCUAAUCGGAGGGCUGCUGGCGCUGGCGCUGGCGCUGGCACUGGUAAUCAGUAGGACUUUGCCAGUCUCAUCUCGCGUUCGAGGCGGGGGUGGUUUUGGUCAGUACUUGACCAGACGUAAACUUUUGGAAGGGUAAUAGUGUUGGGUGAGACGUGUUAUUGAUCCAGCGAGAAUUGGGACAGGUUGGGC